GGAACAGAAUCCGACAGAGAUGAGUCAGUACCAGAGCUCGAGGAACAAGACUCCACACAGACAACCACACAACAAGCCCAGCUGGCUGCAGCAUCUGAAAUCGAUGACGAACCUGUCAGUAAAGCAAAACAGAGUCGGAAUGAAAAGUCAAGGAAGUCUAUGUCCAAACUGGGUCUUCGACAGGUUACAGGGGUUACUAGAGUCACUAUCCAGAAAUCUAACAAUAUCGUCUUUGUCAUCACAAAACCAGAUGUCUACAAGAGCCCAGCUUCAGACACCUACAUAGUUUUUGGAGAAGCCAGGAUUGAAAAUUUUUCUCAGCAAACACAGUUAGCAGCUACUGAGAAAUUCAAAGUUCAAGGUGAAGUAGUUCCAAACAUUCAGGAAAAUACUCAGACUCUGAUUGUACAGGAGGAGAGUAAGGAGAAAAAGGUUGAUGAAACAGAUGUGGAGGUGAAGGACAUAGAAUUGGUCAUGUAACAAGCAAAUGUGUCGAGGAAACUGAAAAACAUCAGUAAUGAUAUUGUAAAUGCUAUUAUGUAA